CGUUCACGCUGUUUCCUACUUUGCUGUCGAUAUCUGCAAAAGGAGGAACAAGAACGGAUUACGGCAAUAGAAAAGACUUCUCGUGCACUUUAAAUUUGGACGAAUGGUUGCAGCUCCAGUGGCACCGACCACAGCUGGAGCACCGUCGCCUGCUGCAGCUGCAACUCCUGUGGCUUCCGCGGCGAAAACAGCAACGAAAAAGAAGAAACCGGUUAAGGCGUCUGGUGCUGGUACGCAGGCGAAACCGAAAAAGCCGGCUCGAAAGCGAAAGCCUCCAACGAAAUCGAGUGUCGCGUCGAAUCAAACAAUUUUGAAUGAUGCUCGAGCUGCUAGUCACGAUCUAGCGUACCAGCGAGCACAAGCAGCAGCUCGCCGAUCUGAUCCCUUAUGGUAUCGUAUUGAAGAUGUGCUACCGGUAGUCCAAGAAGCCAGCACUAUGGCGCCAAAGGCGGGAAUACUGCCGGAGCAAGUUCAGGUUGUGGAAGCAGCGUUGGCCCAUCACGGUAUGACACGGGCAGAUGUGACGCCGCAGGCCCUCGCUUGCCUUUUAGAACAGGCCAGACGCUUUGCACAGGAGUUAAUUGCCGAUGCGCAAGAUUAUGCGUAUACCGUAAAUCGUGCGGAUGUUUCUCGGGCCGAUUUGUUGCUCGCUUCCGAGAUGAGAGCCGACCAUCCUAUUGCCACUUCGACGCAGCUGCCAAAGCUUAAUUUAGUUUCCCAGCAGUUGAACAGAGUGCCCCUUCCGCCAAUCCCAUCGCAUUGCUAUUCCGGAAUCCUACUACCGCCGAAGCAGCAUCAGCUGACGGCGAGAACAUACGAUGUGGUGAGUGGAGCGCAAGUGUAUCGCAGGAUGACCCACAAGGCGCCGGAAGCGCCCAAAAAGAAGCAGUCCACGACGACCCAGCCAGGAUAUGGUGCGUCGCGAGGAAGACAGAUUCCUGUCAAGCUCAAGGAACAGUCGGUGGCCGGGCCAACACCAAUGGAUACAUCAGGAAGUGGAGAGGUUCCUACCAAAACAGCCACUUCACUCUCCGGUUUGGCGACUGCCACUCCCACACAAGCUACUCCGCUUGCACAAGCUGCUCCGCCUAAUGCAAUUGUCCAAUCCCCUUCGGCUCCCAAAGAAACUUCACAAGAAUCUCAUAUGGCACAAGAACCGUGA